UGUGACAAGCAGUGGCCACAGGAUUGUGAAAAUACCUGCCACCUGUAGUCCUGUUUAUUGAUAACUUACCAGGAUAAAUGGAAUUGUUUCUGAUUUGUGAGGUUUCCCGGUCUCUGAUUCUGGUCCACAAGUCAUACUAUUGGUUCAAGUUGUUUCUUUCAGACUUGUUUUACGAGUUAGGAUUUAAUUACAUGGGAUUUCCUCCUUUGGCUUCAGGAACACACAGCACGAAAGAGUCACUCAGUUGAGUGAGAAUCUCAAAGCAACUGGACACACAGAAGAAAGGACCUUGCCAUUAUUCAGGAGUGAGAUGUUUAGGCCAAGAUCAAUGAUACCACGGUCAAGGUUCUUCAGUCCGUUCAUAGUAGCUUUUGUUGUCAUAACGACCGUAUUGCUCCUGGCCAUGACUGUAGGUCUCCUUAUCCACUUCUUAGCUUUUGACAAGAAAGCCUACUUCUACCAUAGCAGCUUUCAAAUCCUAAAUGUUGAAUACACUGAGGCACUAAAUUCCCCGGCUACGCAAGAGCACAGGCAUUUGAGCGAAAGGAUUGAAUCGAUGAUUACUAAUGCAUUCCGAGAAUCAGAUUUAAAAAGUGAGUUUAUCAGAACACAUGUUGUCAAACUCAGGAAAGAAGGGAAUGGUGUGAUCGCGGAUGCUGUCAUGAAAUUUCGAUCUAGUAAACGUGCCAAUAAAAAAACCAUGAAAAGCAGAAUCCAAUCUGUGCUACAAAUACUGAAUAAUUCUGGAAACUUGGAAAUAGCCCCUUCAAAUGAGAUAACAUCACUCACUGACCAGGAUACAGAAAAUUUUUUGACUCAAGAAUGUGGAGCCCGUCCGGACCUUAUCACACUGUCUGAGGAGAGGAUCAUUGGGGGCACUCUAGCCGACACAGGCGACUGGCCCUGGCAAGUCAGUCUCCAGCUCAAUAAUGUCCACCACUGCGGAGGUACCCUGAUAAGUAACUCGUGGGUCCUGACAGCAGCUCACUGCUUCAGAAGCUACUCUAAUCCUCUGCAAUGGACUGCCACCUUUGGUGUUUCUACCGUACUUCCUAACUUAAGAGUGAGAGUAAGGGCUAUUGUAGUACAUAACAAUUACAGGCCCACAACUCGUGAUAAUGAUAUUGCAGUUAUACAACUUGAAAGACCCAUCACAUUUACCAGAAAUAUCCACAGGGUGUGUCUCCCAGCUGCGACCCAGAGUAUCAUACCCGGUUCUGUUGCAUAUGUCACAGGCUGGGGCUCUCUCACUUAUGGAGGCAACACAGUCACAGAUCUACGGCAAGGACAGGUCAGAAUAAUAAGUAACGAAGUAUGCAAUGAACCAGCUGCUUAUGGUGGAAGUGUCUUGCCUGGAAUGCUCUGUGCUGGGGUGCCUUCGGGUGCAGUGGAUGCAUGCCAGGGUGAUUCUGGUGGCCCACUAGUACAAGAAGACACACGGCGGCUUUGGUUUGUUGUGGGGAUUGUGAGCUGGGGCUAUCAGUGUGGCCAGCCCAAUAAGCCAGGAGUGUAUACUCGAGUGACAACCUACCGCGACUGGAUUCGUCAGCAAACUGGAAUCUAGUACAGCCAAAGCAAGCAUGCAGUGAAGUGUGCAUGCAAUUGUGCCUGACUCAGACGACAUAACUGCGCUUUUUAACUGCAAAGGAAACUGGAAAUGUCUCAUCUUAACCUAAAAAUGUGUCUUAACCAACAGUAUUUAAUAGUUCUUUGUCAGUAUGAAUUUUUACUAUCUCAAGGAAAACCCUGUAAACAUUGCAUUGUAUCAUAGCUACAUAAGAGAAGAAAUAUGUUAAACUAGUUAUAGGGUUAAUAAUUUUGUUAUAGGCAUGGUAAGUUGUAGUAGUGAGAAAUUAGGUGCAAGGAGGAAGAGUCGGGAGUGCUCUCUGAUGCUGUCUCAUAGAAGCUGGUAGUACAAAGAGUGUGGGUCAUGUAAAGGAAGUCGGAGCUGUGUGGGGAUAGAAAAACAGCAUCUGUUUAGAAUGUCUGGAUAGUUAAUAUUUGCUAGAAAAAGUAGUACUAACGUUAAAUUUUGAAGACACUGUACAAAAAUUGUAAAACUUGAAGCCAUUCCAAAUAUUUGACAAGAUCACAUUCUUACACAAAAAAAAUCCCAGGAUGUUUUCGGGUAUUGAUCAUCAGAACAAAAAUGUUGUUUUCAAGUGAAACCAACAGACUUACAAGUAAUUUUCAUGGUAUAUUUUAAUUUUAAGUGUUUUAUCUACAUAGAGGAGAGAACAUAUCUCCUCCACAGAGAAGUUGAAGAAAUGAAUCCACACAGCCUUCCCAGCUAUCUUUGAACCACAAGACUUGUUAGGAAGAAAUUCCUACCACCAACUUCCUACCAUGGUCACUAUUUUUUAGAGUAACCUUAUAACAAAUUUAAAGCUAAUGAUGAAGGAGAGGUGAAAAACUGGUUGGCAAAGGCAAAGAAUAAAGUGCUUAAUAUCAAUAAGUCUGUUCUGGAGAGAGAAGGAUGUCAGAUUCAUAGUCUCUCUUGUCUCUCUGUGUGUUUAUCUCUCAGUCUCUGUCUCGCUCUGUCACACACAUUCACUCACACACACAACCACUAUCACCAAGGAAUACAAAUUAAAGAGAAUCAAUUAAAAUCUAAUGCCACAGCAAUCUAUAUAACCUGAUUCACAAAUGAUCCAAGUUUUUAUAGGCUCCCAGUAGAGCUAAAACUUGGUUGUGCAUGAUCACAUGUGUCUCACAUCUUCCUUCUAAAAGUUAACUCCUUCCACCUGGAGAAGAGAGAAGUUCAAGACAACACAAUAAAAACAUUUUGCUCUUUCUGAAGUAAAUGUGUAGGUCUGGAUUAAAGCAAAUUAUUUGACAGAAAAGGAUUUGAAAAUGUAGCCAACUCUUAGAAAGGUGUAGACACAAAUCUUUGGCACAUUGUAUUUCAAAUAAACUCGUUUAUAAUC